GUAGACAGCAGUGCGGGCUCCGUCUCCGACCAAAACGCACGCAUUCGCUCUAUAUCUAAGAGAAGAAAACGCGGGUUUUUGUUUGUGCGUGUAUGAGUGAAACAAGCGUGUUGAGGACUGACUAAAUGUUUAUUUUUUCUUGAGAACUGUCUAGCACAUACAGUAUGUUGGAUCUUAAGAUAAAUAUUGAGUAAAGCGUCGCACUCCAUCAAGCGACUAAAAGUGCCCGACGGAAGCAGCUUACCCAGAAACUCAGGAGUCAGGAUCCUCAGCAGUGAGAGCACUAUUAAGAAGAAGAAGAAGAGUUAGUGAAGAUGGAUAUGGGUGAUGAUAAUAAAGAACAUCUAUAGUAUACAUCCAAUUCCGAUGCCUAAAUCUUUGGAUAAAGUCAGAGCAUGUCGAACGCAACUGAUGCGUACUGCGUGCCCGGCGCAACCAACUUUAAUAAAGCCUACAGUAGGCUUCAUGGUUACAUCGCUCUAGUAAUAUGCAUUAUUGGGUCUGCAACAAACUCAAUAAACAUAACUGUACUCAGUCGCCGGGAAAUGAUAAGCUCUACUAAUUCAAUUUUGACAGGGCUCGCUGUCGCAGAUCUCCUUGUUAUGCUGGAAUAUAUUCCAUAUGCUUUACACAUGAAUAUUAAAAUCGGACCUCAAGUAAAUAAAAAUACGUAUGCUUGGACCGUCUUCGUAUAUUUCCACUCUAUCUUCAGCCAAAUAUUCCACACGAUCUCUAUCUGGCUUGCAGUUACCCUUGCUGUGUGGCGGUAUGUAGCUAUAGCUUUUCCACAAAAAAACAGAACAUGGUGCAGCAAAAGAAAUACGACUUUGGCAAUAGUGAGUGCAUAUGUUAUGUGUCCAUUUUUAUGUCUGCCAAUAUAUUUCGCUAUGAAUAUAGUGCCAAGUGAAGUUACUCCACAUAAUAAUACUGAAUUUGCCGAAGACUUAUUGCUACCGCAUAAUAGAACAGUGUACGUUUUGGAAAUGUCAAAAAAUAAAGAAUUAGUUACGGCAAUAAUGUGGAUUUACAGUGUUAUUUUAAAACUAGUACCAAGUAUAGCUUUAUCAGUUCUUAGUACGUGUUUAAUUUCAAAAUUAACGACAACCGAACAAAGAAGACAGAAACUGCUCAAACGAUCUACGGUUGGACCUAACGAGCCGGAGAAGCAAUGUCUUGCGGACGAGUCGGCGGCUCGCCGGUCGAGUAGGACGGACCGAACAACGCGCAUGUUACUAGCAGUUCUGGGACUGUUUCUAUCUACUGAAGUGCCCCAAGGACUCCUCGGUCUAGCUAGCGCCUUAGCACCUGACUUCUUCAAAAGUUGCUACAGUAUGUUUGGAGACCUCAUGGACGUACUGGCACUGUUCACAUCGUCAGUGAAUUUCGUACUAUACUGCAGCAUGAGCCGGCAGUUCCGUUGCACCUUCUCAAGACUGGCUCGAGGCUUGGUGUAUGCUGCCGAGGAACCCGCAAAAUUUGGUACUAAACUUGAACCUACAACGCAGGCUUCAUUUUUCGACAAAUCUAAAACCAGUAAUGGUGGUAUGGCUGCUUGGUGUUUGAACAGGACAGUGGUAGCAACCCCAACUGUAACGUGACACUAGUUCAAACUAGGCAAAGGUCACUGGCCCCCUAUAGCGGCCGAUCCCCGCCCUCAUCAGGGUGGUGGAGGAGAGUGUUAUAUAGAUCUAAAUAGGUAAUAGCAAUUUCUUUCAUGGAUAAAAUAUAUAAAAAUAUAUGUAGUUACUAAAUCUUGAUUAAGUCUUAGUAUGUGGUUUAAAUAAUAAAAUUAAAUAUUAAACUUUGUAUAAAUGUAUAAAAUAUUGUCAUAUGUUUUAACUAGUCUUCGCGUCUUUUGAGCCGAGACGCCAAAACUAGUUUUUUAAUGUAGAUUCAUGAUAACAAUUGGUAAAAAAAAUUGAUCAAUAGGGUCCAACGAAACAAUGUUAAAUUAGCUUCAAUUUGUAUAUAAUAAAUCAUUAUUAUGGUUACAAGCCUUCGCUUUUACCGUUCUUUUUUAAAUAAGAAUAUUUGUAUAAAAAGUUUAGUCUACUAAACUUAUUUUAAAUAUAUGUAAACUGUGUAAACGUGUUCAUUUAUAACUUAAUAAAAACCUCUUU